ACUGGAAAGCACGUAAACGUAAAAACUUUGGCAUAAGAAAGGUACAUGGCAACAUUCUUUGCUUGACUUUAGUCUAAAAAGGUAAGCUAGAGAUUGUAUAUUGCGGUUUAUCACCGAGGGACUCUGUCAGCGCAGACCUACUAGUUUAGUGUUUCUUUUCCACUCCAUUGUCCUCUUGGGUAACGGAACAGAGCUACACACACAUAUACACAUGCAAAAGUGAGAAUUACAACUUUACAGUUAAAGUUAAAUGUGAUAUUAGAGGUAAGGUUGGAGCUGUAGGUAGAAGCUGUUUCCAUAUUACGUUGGAAUCCCGUCAACCAGGAUCAGCCUCGUUAUGAUCCGUGUUGUAUUUGGAUCUUUUAUAUGAUGACAAGCAAAUAAGCGAGAAGCAUGGAAGACAAUGAUGAAGAGGAGCUCUGCAAUAAGUCCAGUAAUCCAUGGACAGCUGUACUGAUCGGAGCAGUGAUGGUGAUGUCUGUCGUUGGAGUUGUUGUGUUCCUCCUUUACAGACGAUACAAACUAUCAAAGGAGGAGGCUGGGGUCCCCCACUACCGUUUUAGGAAGCGAGACAAAGUGAUGUUCUACGGCCGAAAGAUCAUGAGAAAGGUUCAGACACUUUCCUCGGUGCCUGCUUCCAACUCAAACUCAGCUGUGCGGCAGCGAGUGAGGAAGAGGACUAAAGUUCUUUCUAUAGCUCGCAAGAUCCUGCGCAUUCGUAGGGAGCCCCCGACCCUGCAGCCCAAGGAGCCUCCUCCCUGCCUGCUGGAGGCUGACCUCACUGAGUUUGACGUGCAGAACUCCCAUUUACCCUCUGAAGUGCUGUACAUGCUGAAAAAUGUCAGGGUGCUCGGGCACUUUGAGAAACCUCUGUUUUUGGAGCUGUGUCGUCACAUGGUGCUGAUCCAGCUGCACCAAGGAGAGGGACUCUUCCGACCCGGUGACACUGAUGACAGCAUUUACGUGGUUCAAGAUGGCCGCUUGGAGCUGUGCAUCCACGAGAGUGAUGGCACUGAUGCUGUAGUGAAGGAGGUGUUACCUGGAGACAGCGUUCACAGUUUGCUCAGCAUCCUGGACAUCAUCACUGGUUACCCAGCACCUUAUAAGACAGUAUCUGCGAGAGCUGCAGUUCCCUCAGCUGUCCUGCGUCUUCCAGCUGCAGCUUUUCAGUCAGUGUUUGAGAAGUAUCCAGAAACUCUGGUUCGUGUCAUCCAGAUCAUAAUGGUGCGGCUUCAGAGAGUGACAUUUCUUGCCUUACACAACUACCUUGGCCUUACCACUGAGCUCUUCAACCCGGAGAGCCAAGCGAUCUCCUUGGUGUCUGUGGCAAACGUUCUGUGUGACACUCAUCCACACAAAGGUUUCCGCAGGCAGCAGUCUCACUCUGAUGAUCUGGGCUCUGAAAAAGCUGACACAGCAGAAAAGUCCAGCCUCUCUUCCACAUCCACAUUAAAAACCAAGAGAUCCCGCUCCCUCUCCAACCCGAUUACUGUUACAGGGGAAAUGUCACCUGACUUCAACAGUACAUACGUUCCAGGUGCCAAAGAGGAGACGGUGCCUCAUAGUCCUGUCAAGUCUAUUCUAAAGAAGAGUGUGACAGUGCAGCAAACUCCAUCUGCUGUGUACCAUUACAGUGAUGCAGGAGGAGGAAGUGUCUACCAUAAUAAAGUCAAUGCCAUUUUCCAAGCUGCUAAAAAGGAUUUGCUGCAGGUCAUCCAAUUACAGGACCCCAGUCUGCUGGAUGGGAGGGUGAAUCUUCGCCAGGUCAAAGCUGGAUCUGUUGUAGGCCACCAGGGAGACCAGGACGUGAGUGUGGCCUUUGUCAUCUCAGGGCUGCUCCAUGUCUAUCAGCGUAUGAUAGACCGCGAAGAGGAGACCCUGCUUUUUGUUACUCACCCCGGGGAGUUGGUGGGUCACCUGGCUGUCCUCACAGGGGAACCCCUCAUCUUCACAGUGCGAGCGCACCGAGACUGCACCUACCUCUCCAUUUCCAAGGCCCAUUUCUAUGAGAUUAUGCGCGAGGAGCCCAGGGUGGUGCUGAAUGUGGCUCACACUGUGGUGAGGAGGAUGUCGCCAUUUGUUAGACAGAUCGACUUUGCCCUGGACUGGAUGGCUGUGGAGGCUGGGCGUGCCGUCUACAGACAGGGAGACAAGUCAGACAGCACCUUCAUCGUCCUCAGUGGCCGACUGCGCUCUGUCAUUGCAAAGGAUGAUGGGAAAAAAGAGCUUGCCGGGGAGUAUGGCCGCGGAGAUCUAAUUGGUGUGGUUGAGGCCCUGACCCACAUGAACCGAGCCACCACAGUCCAUGCUGUUAGGGACUCGGAGCUGGCCAAGCUCCCUGAAGGAGCUCUGAACUCGAUCAAGAGGAGAUAUCCCCAGGUUGUCACUAGGCUGAUUCAUCUGCUGGGGCAGAAGAUUCUGGGCAACAUGCAACAGGUCACUGGACCCCUGGCUGCUCGUAGUUUGGGUCUCCACACGCCUACCAGCAAGUGGGAUGCUGGGAACCCAGUCUCCAACCUGUCCACUGUGGCCAUCCUGCCUGUGUCCGAGGAGGUUCCACUCACUGCAUUCACUCUGGAGCUACAGCAUGCGCUCUGUGGCAUUGGUCCCACUUUACUCCUGACCAGUGACAACAUAAAACAGCGCCUGGGUUCUGCUGCUCUGGACAGUGUCCACGAGUACCGCCUGUCCAGUUGGCUUGGCCAGCAGGAAGACAUCCAUCGCAUCGUCCUCUACCAGUCUGAUCCCAGCCUCACACCAUGGACCCAGCGCUGCAUCCGCCAGGCUGACUGCAUCAUCAUUGUGGGACUGGGUGAGCAGGAGCCCACAGUGGGCGAGUUGGAGCGAAUGUUGGAGAGUAGUGCAGUCCGAGCCCAGAAGCAACUCGUGCUGCUUCACAGUGAGGACGGCCCACCACCCAGAGGGACGGCAGAGUGGCUCAACAUGCGAAGCUGGAUCUCCAGACACCAUCAUCUGUGUUGCCCCCGCAGGGUGUUCUCCAGGAGGAGUUUACCCAAGCUGAGGGAGUUAUACCAGCGUGUGUUUGAAAAAUGUCCAGAUCGUCAUUCCGACUUCUCCCGCCUGGCCAGGAUCUUGACCGGAAACAGUAUUGCCCUGGUGCUAGGUGGAGGGGGCGCAAGAGGCUGCUCUCAGGUGGGCAUCCUGCGGGCACUCAACGAGGCGGGGAUCCCUGUGGACAUGGUGGGUGGCACCUCCAUUGGCUCGUUCAUGGGAGCACUGUAUGCUGAGGAGAAGAGCAUCAGUCGAAUGAGGGUCCGGGCACACGAGUGGGCCAUGGGUAUGACUUCAUACUUUAAGAAGAUCUUGGAUCUGACAUACCCAGUUACCUCCAUGUUUUCUGGAGCCUCCUUCAACUCCAGCAUUAGCUCAGUCUUCAAGAACAAACAGAUAGAGGACCUGUGGUUACCGUAUUUCAACAUUACAACAGAUAUCACAGCUUCCGCUAUGAGAGUUCAUACUGACGGUUCGUUGUGGCGGUAUGUCCGGGCCAGCAUGUCUCUGUCAGGUUACCUGCCACCGCUCUGUGAUCCCAAAGAUGGACAUCUGCUCAUGGAUGGAGGUUACAUCAACAACCUACCUGCUGACGUGGCUCGCUCCAUGGGUGCCAAGGUUGUGAUCGCAAUCGAUGUUGGAAGUCGAGAUGAGACCAAUCUGACCAACUACGGUGAUUAUCUGAAUGGCUGGUGGUUACUGUGGAAGAGGUUCAAUCCACUGGCUGAGAAAGUCAAGGUCCUGAACAUGGCAGAGAUCCAAACACGGCUUGCUUACGUUUGCUGCGUGCGCCAGCUGGAGCUGGUCAAAGACAGCGACUACUGCGAGUACAUCCGACCACCUAUCGACCGCUACGGCACACUGGAGUUUGGCAAGUUCGAUGAGAUUGCUGAGGUGGGGCACCAGCAUGGGAAGACACUGUUUGAUGUGUGGCAGCGCAGCGGUGUGGUGGACAGUAUGCUUAAGGACCGACAUCAGGAGGAGUUUCACAAGACCAAAACUGGUCACGUGGUCACAUGUCCAAAUGCCUCCUUCACUGACCUGGCAGAGAUUGUGUCAAGAAUUGAACCCGUCAAGAAUGCUUUAAUCGAAGAGGAACUCUCUGAUGAGUACCAGACAGACUACGAUGAAGAGGCGGUGGAAAGUGCACUGUCUGACUAUGAGGCGUUCACCCCCGGUAGUGAGCACACAGAGGAGGAGGAGGAGGAGGAAGAGACGGCAGAUACUGCUGAAACUGAUGAAGACGUUCCAGUCAGAGUUCGGCGCCGAUUGAAGAACCCCCUGCAAAGUGCUCCUCUGUGAUUUCUUGUCAUGUGUGCUAUGACUGGAGCACAGUGCUCACUCUCCAGUGCAGUGUUGGCUGUGGUCCAGUGAGCAGCGACAUAACACGCUCACUGAACACUUCAGUAAGGUACAGUCGAUGCUACCUUCAGACAGUUACAAGUUGCCGUUGUGGUCUCCUUCGGGCUGAUGCGAUGCUCUCCUUCUGUCGGAGCACCUGUAAAGUUAGGCAGUUUGGCAGAAUAGAAGUUUUAAUGAUGAAAUGAAUACAUCUUAAAAAAACAAAAAACAGUGUGUUUUAUUUCAGCUUGUUUUAUCGUCACAGACUCUGACAGUGUAAUUGCACCACCAGUCUUCAAAACCUAAUACUUGAUAAACACCGAGCCCUUUCUGGGACAGUUCUCUUUCGCCUUGCUGCUUCCGGCUGUGAUGUUCUGAUCCAUACAGUCCUGUACAGUAUUCUAUUUUAUACACAUUCAAGUUAAAAACUGUUAUGUGAUUACAGAACACUUCAAGUACAGUGUUACCCUCGUUUCCAUCCAUUAAUAAAGGGAUUUCUCCUCUUUAAGAACAGUCCACACACACAUGUGCCAAAUGCACUCUUAACAGUGACUGUAAUAAGCUCUUUCAGACAGUGUGUGCAUCAAUCACAUGUUGAAUGUAUGGUUUUUUUACAUGAAGGAUUACAAAUGUGUAUGUCUCCUUUCAGCUUGUGUUCCAGUUUCUGUCUAACUUGAAUGCAUAAUUCAAAGUAGCUGAUGAUUGAAUGUAUCAUUAAUGUAGCUAUAGAUGGUUCUGACCAACAAUAUCCUCACAUGUCAUGGCAUUAAAGUUGGAAGUAUUAAUGAUGACUGUAUUCUACUUUAGGGAGGUGCUUUCACAGAUUCACUGUCACAGGAAUCCCCUGGUGGGUGCUAGGUGGGAUAAGGCUGUGGGCUGCUCUGCUCUGCCAUCACUGAUAAAUUACGUUGUUGAUUACAUUUACACUACACACGUGUCGCCCAUAGACAUGCCCAAGGACGGAUAGACACAUGUACUUGUGUCACACU